AUGUCCUGCAUUAAAAAAAAUAUUAAUAAUUCUCCAGUAUCAUCACCAUCAUCAACAAAUAAUCAGCAACCAUUGACCACAUCAGAUAUUGUACUUCAACAAAUUGCAUCACCAAAUUUGAUACCUAUUAUACCACCAUCAGAUACAAUACAAUCGAAUUCAACUUCAGUCACAGCAUCUUCUAUCUCCAAAUCAACAGAAGAUGAUGAAACUUGUGAUGAAAACAUUAUCGAACAACCAUCAUCAUUAAAAACUAAAAGACAAGUGAAAAGAAAAGCUCAAACAAUAGAAUCUUCACAUAACACAAGAGAAUCAGCAAAAAGAACAAGAAGAAGAUAA